AUGGAGUUGGAUCUUGAUCUCUCUCUUUCUCCUCAUAGCAAUCCUUCAAAACCAGGGCUUGACUUUGACCUCAACAAGCAUUGCACGACUAUGAUCGGGGGAGCUGCGUCUUGUUUGGAUACCAAGAAACUGCGUUUUGAGGCGACAUUUAAUGUGGAAGAAGAAUGCUAUUUGUCAAAACCGCGUUUGUUUUCUUUGAAUGGCCAGCCAAACGAGGAAGAUGAAGAUCCUUUGGAAUCCGACUCUUCUAUUGUUUACGAAGAGGAGGGAAAUAGCGAAGUCGUGGGAUGGCCACCAAUAAAGUCAUGUAUGACAAAGUAUCAUAAUUAUCGUCAUCAUAGUCGUAAUCACCCAUAUCACCAUCAUGGUAGGAGGAUCAACACAUCUAAUCCAACGGCUACAAUUGAAAGAGUUGGAUCAUCAUCACCAUCGUCGUCAUCAUCAUCGACAUCAUCGAGAUCAUCAAUGUAUGUGAAGGUGAAGAUGGAUGGUGUGGCAAUAGCAAGAAAAGUGGAUAUUAAGCUUUUCAACUCUUAUGAGUCCCUCACUAACUCCUUGAUCACCAUGUUUACCCAAUACGAAGCUUGUGAUAGAGAAGAUACAGACUACACAUUCACCUUCCAAGGGAAAGAUGGGGACUGGCUAUUACCUGGGGAUGUUCCAUGGAAGAUUUUUGCUGAAUCUGUUCAUCGAAUAUCAAUAAUUAGAGAUUGUCCGUAUCUCAGAUCCCUUCUCCGUCUCCUCCGCCGGAAUAAAACACAACUCAACACAUCCGACGCCGGAGAAUACGGCGUUUUUAUCUUCUACCUCACACCCGUAGAUCUAGCGAAGAAACUCCAUCAUCGAGUUUUGUAG